CGGGUCAGCGAGCGCCUACGGGAAGGAGAGCUGUAAACUUCUGCAACUUUCUCUCCCAACCCUCGGCAACUCCUCUAUCGGGACCCACAGUCUUUGCGUACCGGAAGAGUCCUUGAACCAAAAUAGCUCGGCGGCACUUCCGGCAGCGGAGCCCAGGGUUCCGGGAGAGAGCUGGCAGGGGCGGGUUAAGGCAGCGGCUGCGGCAGCUGGAGGAUGAAGAAGGAGCAAGUGCUGCAUUGUCAGUUCUCCGCUUGGUACCCGCUCUUCCGAAGCCUGACCAUCAAGAGUGUCAUUCUUCCGCUUCCUCAGAAUGUGAAGGAUUAUUUACUGGACGAUGGAACUCUGGUGGUUUCAGGAAGAGAAGAUCCACCAGCAAACUCUCAGCCAGACAGUGAUGAUGAAGCUGAGGAAAUCCAGUGGUCUGAUGAUGAGAACACAGCCAUCCUUACGGCACCGGAAUUUCCUGAGUUCAACACAACAGUCCAGGAAGCUAUCAAUUCUCUGGGGGGCAGUGUCUUUCCUAAGCUUAACUGGAGUGCCCCAAGGGAUGCAUACUGGAUAGCAAUGAAUAGCUCUCUGAAAUGUAAAACCCUCAGUGACAUCUUUCUGCUUUUCAAGAGUUCUGAUUUCAUCACUCGUGACUUCACUCAGCCAUUUAUUCACUGUACUGAUGAUUCUCCAGAUCCUUGUUUGGAAUAUGAGCUUGUUCUUCGGAAAUGGUGUGAGUUGAUUCCUGGGGCUGAAUUCAGAUGUUUUGUAAAGGAAAACAAGCUUAUUGGUAUUUCUCAAAGAGACUACACACAGUACUAUGAUCAUAUUUCCAAACAAAAGGAAGACAUUUGCAGAUGCAUACAAGACUUUUUCAAGAAACACAUCCAGUAUAAAUUCUUAGAUGAAGACUUUGUAUUCGAUGUAUAUAGAGACAGUAGGGGGAAGGUGUGGCUAAUUGACUUUAAUCCAUUCGGUGAAGUCACAGACUCAUUGCUGUUCACCUGGGAAGAACUCAUCUCUGGAACAAACCUAAGAGGUGAUUUUAGUGAAGCAGAUGCCCAGGAGCAGGACUGCCCCGCUUUCCGCUGCACCGACAGUGAGGUCACCGUGCAGCCCAGCCCUUACCUGAGCUACCGGCUGCCCAAGGACUUCGUGGACCUCUCCACCGGGGAAGACGCUCACAAGCUGAUAGAUUUCCUGAAGCUGAAAAGAAAUCAGCAAGAGGAUGACUGACGAGAGCGCUGGAGUUCAAGACCAGGUUCACCAGGAAGCCACCGCCACCUCCAGGAGGCGCUCCUGGGCCGCAGCCUCCCGGGCACCCAGAGGCAGGGCAAUCUGUAAUUAGGGGCUUUUUAUAUUCAGGGCUGUUCACCUGGGGCAAAUGGAAGGGCUUUGCUACUUGUAAAAACAGCAUAAUAAAUAGAUCUAAAACAUAGCAGGCGUCCUGUUCUGAUAAUAAAAUGCUUUCUAAGGAA